CUUAUGACCCUGUGGAAUUGAGGACGCUGUGCAGCGCCCCCAAACAGCCAAUUUGAUACACAUACAACUGAUUACAGAAAGCAGACGAGUGACUUGCCUACGAUAGUAACAACAAAUCUUCUCUUGUUCACGGGGACAAGUGGUGACAAGUCAUUAUUCCGAGGUCUAGUGUUUAAAAUCAAAUUUGUUAUCAUCAAUUGCACUGUUCAUAGUGGGUGAGAGACGUUGUAAGUGACCCGGCUCUUUGAAAAAGACGUUACGUGUGUAAUCGAACGAAACGUAUAGACGAAAAGUAAACAAACGAAUGACACGUCUCCAUCUGCUGACUUAUUGACCAGCACUUCAUCAAUUCAAUCUUCGAUCUAAUUCAUAUUUUCUUUUUUGCGCCUAUGAGAUUUGUAUAUAAUCGUCUUACCCACGACUCGAUAAAAAAAAUCCAUACGCGUAUGCGUGAGCGACGCAUAGAUUCUGAGAUUCAGUAUAAACUAACCAAGUGAGGCCAAGACGCCGGACCUGAUUUAUUGACCAGCAUUUUAAUAUUUUUUAGAUUCACAACGAUGGAAUGUCGACCUCUUCAAAACAAUGAGACUGAAAUUACAGAAAAUUACAUUCACCGAGAUAAAGAAGAUGACCAAUUAGAAGUAAGAUUUCUUUCACGUGUGGAAUGGGAAGAGUACAAAAAAAUACAAGAAGUGUUUCUAACAUUUUCAAAUGCAAAACCCAUAAAUAAAUCUAAUCUGCGGAAAUCCCUUUUUAAUAUUGCCGCUAACUUGAUGAGGCUUCUCGCGAUUCUAGAAGAUACUCAAAAUCAGGAAACUACAGGUUGUAGUCCAAAAAUAAGAGCAAAUCAUGGAUGUGAUGAAUAUGAUAAGGACCAAAAUAUUCCGAAAAAAAUAAAUCGGCAUCUUGGGCAGAAAAAUGAUGAAUAUGAUCAAAUACCGGGAGUAACAAUUAAAAGAAUUAGCAGAAAUAACAAGCCUGGAUAUGUCGCUUAUACAGAUAAAUCACUUCAUGAUAUAGAUAAAUCAUUUCAUGAAAAUGACGAAUGUAGAAUUAAUGAAAAGAAAUUAGACUCUGCAAGUUCACAAUAUAUCCCACUCCUGCAAGAAUAUGCCGCUAAAAUGCUUCCACAGAAAGAUGAAAUUUGUGAUAAUCAAUUGAAUAAUGAGACUGAAAUAGUGUUUGAAUGUAAAAAUGUAAAAUCUACCAUAACUUCGUUUGCACCGCACAAAUUGGACUCUUUGUCCCAAAAUCCGAUGCAAGAUUCAAAAAUUAGCGAAGCAACUCAGGCUAUGAUAAAAGUUGAACGAUCAGACAUAGUGAAAAGAGAAUACUUGGACGAUAAUAUAGAAAAAUACGAUAUAGAUAAUGAACUAUAUGACAGCUGCGAACCCAACGCUAAGAACGAAAAAAUGUCGCUUCAAAAAUGUCUAAGCGCGAUCAAAAAAUCUAAAAAACUAAAGGGAUGUUCAAAAAUGAUUGAAAAGAAAAGUUAUCUCAAAGUUCAUAAGUGCACGGCACACGAUCGCAUUACCCACUCAAGUGAAAUUUGUGGCAAGAAAUUCAAGCAGAAGCACAAACUCAAAAUCCAUACUGAUGUAGCGCAUAAUCGUCGAAAACUUUACCUAUGUGAUACAUGCGGAAAGGCAUUUGCACGUAAAAAUAAGCUGGACCGUCAUAUUAAUUCUGUGCAUGAUGGAAUUACCCACGCAUGUGACUCAUGUGGAAAGAUAUUCAAACGUAAGUCCAGUCUCAAAAACCACAUAGAUUUUGUGCACAAAAAUCUCAAGCAUCAUAAGUGUGAUCGAUGCCAAAAAUCAUUCAGUAACAAAACAGGUCUCAAUCUGCACAUGAGUACGGUGCAUAAUGGGAUAACUUAUACAUGCGAUUUAUGUGAAAAAAUAUUCAAACAGAAGAGUUAUCUAAGGGUCCACAUCGAUAUAGUGCACAUGAAUAAUAGAAAACUUUUCAAAUGUGACGAAUGUCAAAAAUCGUUCGACUACAAAAGUAAUCUCACUUCUCAUAUUGAGUAUGCGCAUAAAGGUAUAACUCACGUAUGCGAUUCGUGUAAAAAAGUAUUUAGACAUAAAAAGGAUCUCAAACUACACGAAGAUUCGGUGCAUAAUGGUAUAACUUACCCAUGCGAUCAAUGUGAAAAAUCAUUCAAACGAAAAACCAACCUCAAACUCCACAUGAACGAAGCACACAAUGGUAAAAAAUAAAAUAUGUCGUCCUUACGUAGACUUUAAACUGCAGGUGGGCGAAAUUAUGCAUAAGAAUUUUCAAAUCACAAAAAUCAAAACGUGUGAAAAAGUAUUUAGACAUAAAAAGAAUCUCAAAUUACACAAAGAUUCUGUGCAUAAAGGUAUCGCUCACCCAUACACUUUGUACGAAAAAGUAUUUCGAAAAAAAUUGGGUAUCAAAUUACACAAAGAUUCUGUGCAUAUCGCACUUGUGCGUGUAAAAAGUAUUUACACAAAAGGGCAGUCUCAAAUAACACAAAGAUUCCGUGAAUAAUGGUAUCACGCGCCAAUGCUCCACAUAAAUGAAGUGCACAAUGGUAAAAAACCAAACACGUAUUAAAAUUUUUCAUGUAUUUUACACUGCGUGUGAGAGCAACACAUAAAAAUAAUUUUUUAUGUAAAUUUGAUGUAUUUAGAUGUAUUAAUUUUACUACGGGCUUUUGUUACACAGAAUCUGACGAAAUUUCAAAAACCAUUUUAAUUAUAUUAAGAAUGAAAAUGAUAACGAAUAUGUUAAGUAUUGAGUGUACCAAAAGACAAUGAAAUCAACGUAUUCGCUGAAAUAAAACUUGACGAUGAGACGUACAUCUCAUUGAAAAAAUCCUACAGAUAAUUUUUCUACUCCGAAUUUCUAUAUAUUACAGAGUUUUUCAACAUGUGUUAAUUAUUUUAUCAAUUUCAUUAUAUCAUAAUCACUCACAUUUACAUUGAAAUAUUUUAAUAUAUA